CCUCCCUCUUUCUUCCAUGUCCGAGAAGGUAUUUAAGCGCCGCAAUUUCGCGUCGAACGGUCCGCAAUCAUUGCGAAGGGCAGUUGCUCUGGGGCCGCUCCUCGCCAUAAGUAGCCCGCUCAUCUGGCUCCUCUGUCAUUCCAGGUGCUCCAGGGUUCUGUGUUUUCCUCUUGUGAAAAGACCAAUUAGCGCCGUGUAGGCCCUCCCAAUGAAGCCCCGGCUGGGAUUGCCUGCCGACCUCGAGGCAGUCACCGAUGUCAUCAUCAGGACGAUGCCGCUUGACCCGCAAUGGGACUACCGCUUCCCGUAUCGCCGCUUGUAUCCCGAAGACCACUACAAAUACACGAGGAUGCUGUUCGAGUACUUUCUCGACCCAUCCUAUGACGACUGGUUGGUCAUGGUUGUCGAAGAUAGCGCCGAGCCAGGCGGCCGUCCUUCUGUGGUCUCCGUCGGAGUCUGGAACGUGUCCUAUAUCAACAAGCGGAGACAUGGCCCAGGCUACACACCACAAGACCCCGUGACUGAGGUCGAGAAGCGAGGCGGCAAGGCUCGCCGGGACGCGAACCAUGCGCAUUUCAACGCGUUCUGGAAGGGUCAGAUACAGGCUUACCAGAAGUAUUUCGGCCCCCUCGGCCCCGAGCAAAUCCACCUUCAAAUCCUGGCCACCCUCCCCGGUUUCCAGCGGCGCGGCCACGGGUCCUCGCUGUGCAGAUGGGGUAUGGAGCGGGUGCGGGUGGACUCCCUCAGGGACAUGUCCGUGAUGGCCAGCCCUAUGGGCUAUGAACUCUACACGUGGCUGGGCUUUGAGACGGUCGGGACGUUCUACAUCCAGGUGCCUGGCGAGGAUGAGAAGAUAGUUCUGCGAGCCAUGAUGUACAGGCCGCCGAAGCAGCCGGGUGCAACAUUGUAGCAGCAGUGAGUGCGUCAAGGGGGGGUCUCCUGAACGCAGCUUUCUUCUUGGGAUUGAACGGACGGGUAAGCACGGUGACAAUGGCGCCGUCCUCAAGGAGACUGGCGUCUGGUGACCACGGGUGUUUGGAUUCCAGCAGGUUUUGGAGUUGACAACGGCAUGCCCUUGAUUAGUGGGCUGCAGCACCACCUGUCUGUCUCUACAAUGGAAUAGCUGCCUCCUUACGUUCAAAUCAGUACCGUGCAAAGUCGGUGGGUAGGAAGAGGGGGUUGAAGCCGCCACAAUCCUCCUGCUUGACUCCCAUCUCCCAUUUUUCGGAGCUCUCGCGCCGGUCUUCAGAUAGUUACCGGCCUUGAAAUUCAAAGUCAACCAUUCACAUUUUGACG